AUGAAAGUACAAAGCCUGCGCAAUCCGAAGCUUUCGGAAAGCGAACUGAAGAUGGAAACGGUGAGGCCCAAUUGGAUGGGGAUCAACUUUAUCAGCGACUUUGAUUUAAAAAUCUCUGAAUGCGAGCUGAGAAAUGCUGCCAAUGAGGUGGCGCGACUGAUAGCUGAGCUGAAGCGUUGCAAAACUCGCCUUGAUCACUUGAAGAAGGAGAUGAUCGCAGCACAAGCAGAGCGCGACUACCUGGGGCUAUAG